CGCCGUGGUUGGGCUCUCUUCGCUGCAUGCUUCCUUCAGGAUGGGCAUUGCAGCUGGGGACGGCGGCGCCUCCCCGAGCUGGGGCGGCCGCCUGGCCGCUGAGGGCUGCACCAGCACGGGGGCGACCAUGUCCGUGGCGCACCGCGCGCCGGCGGCGUCGGCGUCGGGCGGAGGGCACCGUUGCUGCAGCUGCGGAGGCAGGCACUGCGUCAACAUCUACGUGAACAACAAUGUGCAGGGCGUCACCAACUCCGUGCUGCUCGGGAGCAAAGUGGUGAUGAGAGACCCCGGAGCGCGCGUCACGAGCCGCCACCGGCCGCGGCGAGGUCGCCGCGGCGUGGCGAAGGCGAGCGGAAUAGGGAUCGUCGCCGGCGUGGUGCUGCUGUGCGUAGCAGCAGCAGCCGCCGCCGUGUUGUGCCUCUAUGUUUUUGUACGCGUACGCAACCUGUAAUUGAUCGGGCUGUUUUGCUCGAAUUCGUUGGAAA